GGACACGUAUCCUUUGCAAUUACACAAGUGGGAAUCGUUUGUUUAUUGAUAUUCCUGCGUUAGUGACGAGGCUCAAUCCCUAGAGUAUAGUCGCGUAUUUCGCGUGCAUCCUUUUAUUGGUUUUACUCAAUAGUACAAUGAAUAAUUAUUGCUUCGGAGUAACAAUUAACUAAAAUACUUUAAUAAUUUUGAAAAGUCAUAAUGAAUUUAACGAAAUAUUUUUUUUUGUGUUCAUUGUAUGUGUGCGUCGUUGUGUGCGACAUAAUGAAGGUCAAUUUUUCAGGAUCAAAAGAUCGUUCGAUUUCUCACAUUCAUACGGGACAAUUACUAGAAUUAUGUUUUCCUGAUCAGAUGAGUCAAGUUGCGAUUACGCCCGAUUUGACUGAUAUUAUUUACCAAAUCAAACAGAGCGAUCAACCAUUCAGUUCUGUUUUUAUAUUUGAUCACAUUGAAAUUCCAAGUAUGAGAAAUAACUACUUUCAGAAAAAUUACGAUGCAUACAUUUCAUGUCAGUGCUACAUUUUUUCGGUUAAUUCACUUUAUACACUUGGAAAGGACAUUUUUCGAUCAUAUUUUUGGAAUAGCAAAAAUUUAGUAUUAAUAGUCGGGGAUCAGUGCAGCGAUGCAUUGAAGGCACUAAAAUGGCUGUGGGAAGGUCAGGCUAUCAAAUCAUAUUUCCUGUGCCCCGAUGAAUUCAACAACAAUACAGACAUUUAUAUGUUCAACCCUUACGGAGAUAGGGCGCCAAAGCUCUGGAGCAAAGUUGAGACAACAGACCGACCAUAUGAUCAGUGGACAGUCUAUAAAAUGCCAUUUGUUAAUGAUCAGAAUAUAUGUUCCAGCUUAACUUAUGACAAAACGGAGAUUUUAGAUGGCUACCAACUUCAAGUUACGGGUUUCGAGUGGUUGAACGUCGACAAAAUAAAUUUUAAUGAAUAUGAAAGAUCCAACACAUUCGAUGUGUUUUUGAAAAAAACAAUUCUUUUCUACAAGAAUCUAUUCUCAGCGAUGAAUGUCACCCCUAUCGCUUUCAAUGAAAAUGUAAUAGAUUUUGAGUUGAUGAGUGUAGGGGAUCCGCUAGUACUCGAAUUCGUUUUUUCCGGCCAAACCAUUUUUCCUUUUUAUGAACAAAGUGGUUACGUUAUACUCACACAAAAACAAAGUUUGAUACCGACAUUUAGCCAAGUAGCCGACGAAUUUUUUACUUAUCAGAAUAUAGUAAUGUCGUCCGUGGUUUUGGUAAUACUAUUCAUCAUAAUUCUGUUCAAUCACAAGUUCCAUUUCGGUGGAGCUGCUUUAGAUCUCUUGUCAUUUCUAUUGAACAUGGGAUUAACGACUCCUAUAAAUCGGUUAUGGAUGCGGAUUACUUUCUUGAGUGCAACUUUAUUUGUUCUCAUUUUUAAUCCGGCGUUGCAGGGGCUACUGACUUCAGUAUUGACCCGACCAGAGUACAGAAAUGUCCAAACCCUAAAAGAUCUUCGGGACAAUAAUUACCACGUCUACUGGUCUACGAUCUAUGAGUAUAAUAUAAUACUCGAUAGUCAGCUAUGGGAUGAAGAUUCUUUGAAUAAAUAUGUCCACAUGAUGUAUCUGGGAGAACAAGAUUAUUGCAUAAAGAACGUUAGAAGUAAUUCUUCUAUGGCUUGUGUAAUUGACUUUGACUCACUUGAAGCUACGAACUUAGACUUACAUAUUUCGAAAGAGUUUUCUCAUAAAAUUCAUGUAUUUGCAAAUCCUAUCAACUGGGGACUCGAUAAAAAAGCUCAAAAAUUAGCGAUGAAGUUGUUUGAAAGUGGUUUUUCGGAUUAUGCUCAAAAGCGUAAUUUAUAUAGAAUUUUGAUGAAAAGGAAAAUCAAAAUGGAUAAAAUUAAAGCAUUACGAGAUUAUGAGCAAUUGAAUCUCGAAGAGUCUGCGUUAGUCUACAUUGCGAUGACACUGGCCGCAGCCUGGGCAUUCCUUGUUUUGGGUGUCGAAAUUCUGUUUAAAAAAAUAGAAACAUUUUUUGAGAAACGUUCACGAGAGGCAAAAAUGAGAAAAUUGGAGAUUCGAUGGAGAAUCGCGUCUACCGUCAGGAAAAUAGCCAUUCUCUCUCAAGAAGUAAUCGACGUUUAGGCAAAAAAAACAAUUUUUAAUUAUUAUCGAACUUUGAAUUCUUAAAAAUAUUAUUUGAUAAAGUGUAAUAGUGUAAACCAUUGUAUUUUUGGAAGAGAUAUCAGGGCAAAAUACGACGUUAUUUAAAAGGAAAGAAAAAUUUUAUUAUUUCAUUAGAGAGGUGAGCAACUUUUUCUGAUCAUGUGCACAAAUAAGUAAACGGUUUUGAAUAAAAACAAGUUUUUAUUUCCUAACCGAAGGCAAUUUUGCCCUGAUAUUUUAACCAUAUAAUUGCUGUUUGAAAAAUUCAAUACUUUUGAUAUGAUUAGAUGUGUUCUAGUGAUAAUUAAAUAAUUAAUACUCUCACGCAAUAACUCAUCCGUAACAUUUCUGCAGGAUUGCUUCGAUGUAUUGAUUGCUUUUAAUCCAGUUUAGAUUCAUUUUCGAGACUAAAUGUAAUUAACGGUUAAUAAUAAAUUUUCGAUGUAUUGUCCAUUAAAUAAAUAACUUGAGUG